AUGUUUGGUUUACUUCAGUGUACCGACAAAUCGUCCAAUGAGACUAAACACAUAGUGCGUGGGUAUAACAAAUGCAAUUUCCACUCUGAUAUCUUUGAUGUGGUCGAAGAGGAUACGGGACCAUCCUAUAAGCUCGAUUGUGUCGGUGGUGGAAGGAUCAAGCAUGAGGACAAAGCGAAGAAAAUUCUUGUAUAUGGAUAUUCUCAGGGUUACGGUCCAGCGGAUCACUCUGUGACUGUGGAUAUUCUCAAGAAGCAAUAUCCUGAUUAUGAUAUUAGUUUCUCGAAUGACGGCUACUGA